UUCCAGGUAUGGCCGUCUUUGCUUCAAUUGCAGCUGCUCUCUGAGUUUACUAUCCGUCUCCAUCCUUGUCGAUAUCAACAAUGGCUCCCCGCCUCACGUACCGUCGUAGGCUGUCCUACAAUACAACCUCCAACAAAACAAGACUAUCUCGGACACCAGGUAACAGAAUUGUAUACCUGUACACCAAGAAAGUUGGCAAAGCACCCAAAUCAGCAUGCGGUAUCUGCCCUGGAAGACUCCGUGGUAUCCGUGCUGUUAGACCUAAAGUUCUUAUGAGACUGUCAAAGACUAAGAAGCAUGUCAGCAGAGCUUAUGGCGGAUCCAUGUGUGCAAAAUGUGUUCGUGAUAGGAUUAAGCGGGCAUUCCUUAUUGAGGAGCAGAAGAUCGUUGUCAAAGUAUUGAAAGCACAGGCACAAAGCCAGAAGGCAAAAUAACAUAAUUUUUGCUUUGUAACAUAACAAUAAAUAUGGUUAAUUGUU